GCCAGUAUUGGAAGGGAAGGGCGUCUCACUGCGCUAUCGAUCCCUCAUCUCGAUAGGGCUUCUAUUAAGCCGCGAGCUGGACCUCCACCGCAUAGACCAUGAGUCCAAUGCGGUUUCUGCACACACUAUCGAAGCUGAGAUGGGUCGUCGGGUGUGGUGGUACUUGAUCGCAACCGACUGGCUGUUGGCCGCGAGGUGCGGUGAUCCAGGCGAGGGUGUGUACCAGGCCAACCCGCGUCAAAUGAUAGUGAAGAAGCCGCGCAACCUCAAUGACGUACACUUGCUUGACGCCGGACUGCACCUAGACUUACCGAUCUCCCAACCGACCGAGAUGUCGUACUUCCUCCAGCGGCUUCGCCUUGCCGAGAUUUCACGCAGCAUCGUCGACUACACCUCCAUGGCUGUGACGAGCGCAGGCGGGGCGAGUUACUACACUCAUGUCACAGCCAUAGAUUUCGAGCUCGACCAGAUGAUCCACGACAUCCCAUCCUUCUUCUACCUCGAUACCUACGAGUCCAGCUCCGACUCAACAACAAGCGGCAUCUUUAUUCAAGCCUACUUACCCAACGCGGUGAUCCACACCCAGCGGUGUAAAUUGCACCUCACAUAUCUUACAUCCGGACCGAACAACAACCCAGCCUACACGUCCUCUCGAGAGACAUGUCUCAAGUCCGUGCGACAGCUCAUCCGCGCUGAAGCACAGCUCGAGCGCGCCCAGCACCCCUUCGUGCAGAUCUGACUGCGCUUAUCCGCCAGUAUGGCGUCUUCAUGGCGAGCAUUGUGCUCCUAAUGGAUGCGUGCGUCAACGGAACGGGCUCAUUGCAGGAUGAAAUACGUUAUGGGGAGGUCCCCGAGGCCCUACGCAUGCUGGAAGAUGCAAGAAGCCACUCGCUAGCUACGGUUAACCUACUCGAGUCGCUAACCCAGGUCUUGGAGAAGCAUCGCGCCCAGCAGCAGAUCUCACGGGUAUCCGCACCGCUCCAACUGGGGAGAACCUCUACUGCUCCUCCCACCAGCACAACUCCGGUUAUAGGUGUCGCGACGGCGCAAAUAUACCAGAGGCCCGAUACACUGUCAUUCGCGGGGACUCCCAACCCCGUUGACACGAACAAAAGCAGUCCGAUGGGUGCUGUUCCAGACCAAAUGCCUGUUAUGACAGGUCAGUCG